AUGUCGACCGACGACGUACUAAUGGCUGAUGCGGAAGCUGACGAUGCCGGCGAGCUCUUCGUCUGGCCAUGGACCGGCAUUCUCGCCAUGGCCGCCGCCGAUGAGGACGCUGAUGCCGCGACGGCCCUCGCCUUCCACGCUCACCAGCUUUUCGCCGGCGUCGCAACCACCGCGCUCCAGGAGGAGCCAACCAACCACCAGCGUCGCCAGCAGCACUUCUUGCUGCUCCACUUCGGCAAGAGCUGGGCGGGCCUCCGGGACGCCAUGUCGCUGGCCGCCCACUUCGCCGGCGCCGGGAGGAGGGAAUGGCAGCGGCGCGGUCGUGAGGGUGGUAGCGAGGGCGCCGGCGGCGUGUUCGGCUGGGCGGCCGUGGGGGAGGACCUGCUCGGCGACGGCGCGGUCGGGAGGCUCAUGAGGGAGUCCGGCGCCGCGGCGAGGAUCGUGGAGGACGUCGAGAAGGACGAGGCGAGCGUCGCCGUCACGCUUGGCGCCGUGGCCGGCGAGUACGAGAGGAGGGAGAGGUUCUUGGCCGCCAAGAACGAGGAGAUGGUCAGGGCGGUCCAGGGGAUGGAGGAGGAGAGCAGCUGGCUCCGCGGCGAGCUCAAAGAGCUAAAAGCCGUAGCUGACAAUUCCCUGCCAGAGAUGAACCAUGGCGUCGAUGGGGAGAACGAGAAGCUGAGGGCGGAACUGGAUGCGAUCAAGGGAGAGAUCGAGUUGCGGGUGGACAGAAUCCAGGAGCUGAAGGAAUGCAGAACAGAUCUGCACUUCAGCAAAGUGGAGAAGCUAGUUAUCAAGAUCAAUUCAUUGGACAUGGCAGAUAUAAAUCCCGAGGCGAGUGACAAUGCUCAAAUGCUUCACGAUAAACAUAAGGAAGAGAUGGAAGCCAUUAACGCAAAAGUAAUUCAACUUGAGAAGCAGCUGGAGCAAAAGGAAGCACAAGAGUCUGCAAUAUGUCUGCUGAACACGAAACUACAGGCAGGGGAAAACUUGAGAAUGGAAGAAUAUGAACAUCUUUAUAAAUUACUUACAAUUUUGAAGGAGUGUCUAGAGCAAAAAUCUGAAAGGUUUCAAAAUGCAUACGUUGACCUAACACAACGAGAUCACCUGAACAGAAAUGAGCUUCAAGAGACCCACCAAGAAGUGAUCAAGUGUUUGGAGAGCAUGGUGAUUGGCGAUUGCACAGUUAUAGGGAUCAAAAGAAUGGGACAACUUGAUGAAAAGCCCUUCCACCAUGCAUGCAAGAGGAAGUACAGGGAUGACGACCCAGAGGGCAAAGCAGCAAGCUUGGUCUCAAGUUGGCAAAAGGAACUCGAGAACAAAUCCUGGAAUCCCUUUACAACUAUUUUGGUCGAUGGAGAAGAAAAGGACGUUGUGAAUGAAGACGAUCCAAAAUUGAGACAGUUAUGGACUGAGUAUGGUGACAUUGUCUGCAAUGCAGUGAAGGUUACCCUGAGAGAGCUCAACGAGUACAGUCCUCAAGGACGGCAUGCUGUGAAUGAGCUCUGGAAUUUCAGGGAAGGGAGGAAGGCAACAAUGGCAGAGGUGGUGAAUUAUAUUUUCGAGCAGCUGAAGACAAGCAGUUAGUGGCGGUAUACAGGUUGAAGCUAUGGCAUGUAUCACAUCUAGAGGUCUUGACAUAAAUGUCCUGUAGGCUAUGUCUGUUUUGCUCUUGCACAUUAGUGACAGGCACCUAUCUGCUAUGUAUCUGUAAGUCACACCACUGUAGGCUGCAACAUUAUGCUACUUCCCU